CAUUGGUGAGGAUGUGAAACAAUGGCUGACAGUUCUCAAACAGCAUCGAGUCCUUCUGCAACAAAACCUUCCUCCCAAGUGGGCUCCCAACUUAUGACUGUUCCUCUUGGUUCCCAAGAGCUGGCUUUUGCACAAAAAGAAGACUGGGAAGGUGUGGAUGGGAACGAACUGAUCUUUGCCUUGGAUAACGAUGAAGAAGCCAUCGACGAUCCCCCGGAAAGCUUCUCUCUGUGUGAAGACUCCAGUCAAGAGAAAUCCCAUCAUGCAGGGUCCCUCCUCCACGUGCCACUUCCUCUCCCGUCUUCUCCUGACUCGGAUUUCUUGCCCGCCGCUCCCCUUUCCAGCUCUCCUAGUUUCCCACCUCAGCGAUCGACCGGGUUCAUCAACCCGCAAGGCCCCAAACCGCUCAUCAACCUCGUGAAGUCCCUUUCGACCGAGAUCGAGUCCCGCGACACUUCCUCCCUCAAGCCCCAGCCUCUGCUGAGCCUGGUCAAGUCCAUUUCCACCGAGAUUUCUCGCCUGGAGCCGGAGGUGACUCAAUCGAAAUCGGACUCCAAGCUCAACGUCCACCGGUGGCGGCAGAUCACCCAACCCAAGAGCAAAAAUGGGGACUCCAGGACUGCUCCGUCUUCACCCAGCACGUCCCCUUCAGAGAGCAAAGGCAGCUUCUUCAAGGCCCAGGAAGCCAAGUUCGAAGACACCAAAAGGCGGUUUUCAGAGGCCAUGCAAGAACCGCUCAGCAGGCUCAGUAAAAUCAUAGGAGACGAGAAUAACAUUUCUCCAAAACAAAAGUCCACCCUUUCUGGCAACGUCCUUGAAUCUUCUUCCGGCCUUCGUAGAGAUUCCUCCUCCUCUUCGGAGACCAAGAGCGAGGGCCAAAGCAAUCCAGGCCAGCCCUGCCGAAGGAACCAAGGAGAGGAACAUUCGCCCUCAGAACAGAAAUGGGGGCCUUCCUCAAACUGCCGGUACGAGAUCUGCUCCUACGGCGACGUCAUCGAAGUGGUUGAAGUGGCUCAAGAGGAACGGCCUGGCGAGGGCGACGUGCGGACAAUCCGGCCCCUGGAGGUCUUGUGCCCCACCCAGCCGCGUAGCCCCGUGCCCUGCAAAGCCCUCGCCUGCAUUGCCCUGCUGGCCUACAAUUACUUUGUCCUGCCUCUGCCCCCCUACGUCUCCGGCCUUCUCCUUGGCUUGGCCUGCGGGUUCAUGUUGGGCUUCCUGAUCAUCCUCCUCUUGGUGCCAAAACGCUCCCUGUCUCGGCGGAAAACGCGGCCGCCUUGGGACAAGAUCCCGGCAGAGGCGCUGAGUCGGCAGCCCCGAGAACCCAACAUGCUUAAGGGAUGGAUGAACGAGAUGUACUUCUACGAUCCUGAGAUCUAUCACCCAUCGCUGACCCAUUCUGUGUUUGUGACCUUGGAAAACUCCUCCUUGAAGCUCUCCUACCCCAAAAGCAACGUUCCCCGGAGAGCCACCUUUGAAGAAGAGAUCCCGGAGGUAGCUUUUGUGAAUCACCACAAUUACGACUUGAACGGCGCUAAGGUCUUCCUCUUUCCACCCGGGCUGGCUCGAAAGAGGAUGUGGAACAAGAAAUACCCCAUUUGUGUUCUCUUGCCGGAGCUGGACGACCCGGGGAGCAAGCUUGUGCCAGACCCCCCAAAAGAGAAGAGUGCCAAGAAGAGGCAGCCCCCCGGCCAGGAGACUCCCCCAAAGCCCCCAGACGACCCCCGGGAAAGGACUCUUUACCUCUUUGGCAGAACGGGAAGGGAGAAGGAGGAAUGGUUUCAGCAUCUCACGACGGUCUCCCAAGCAAAAGACUCCGAGCUGCACAAUGCCAGUCAAUGCACCAACCAGCUGAGCCCAUCUGGGAAAGGGUCGCGUAGCAACUGCAGCAGCCCGGGGAGUAUGGAAGACCUCCCUUCUUUGGUCAAGCCCAGGGAUCUGGUGGGAAACAUGCAGGAGAAACUGCUGCUGGAUUACAACACCUACAUAUCCCGCGUCGUCCCAACAGCAAACAGCUCCACCUCCCCCGAGAGCCCCUGCCCCAGCGCGACUGGCAGCCUGACUCCCAAAAAGGGUCUUGGGGAUGAGAAUUUCACCAGCGAAUCACAGACGGCGUGGGUCAAUGCAGUGCUCGGACGGAUGUUUUGGGACUUCCUAAGGGAAAAAUAUUGGGCAGACCAGGUCUCAGACAAGAUUCAGAAGAAACUGGGCCGAAUCAAGCUGCCCUAUUUUAUGAACGAACUCACACUCACUGAGCUGGACAUGGGCGCCUCCAUCCCGCAUAUCAUCGGUGUUUCCAGUCCAACCGUUGACCAUCGUGGGCUUUGGGUUGACAUGGAAGUGACCUACAGUGGUUCCCUGCAGAUGACCCUGGAGACAAAGAUGAACCUGUGUAAGCUGGGAAAAGAAGCCCUGGCCGAGGAGAGCGGGAAGGCAGACACCAGUGGAGAAGGCAUCAAGCCCCGGUUAGUCCUUCUGGCCGACAGUGACGCCGAAUCCUCCAGCGCUGGAUCCUCCGACGAGGAAGAUCUUCCUACCGUGGAGCCUUCAGGAGCCCCCGGAGAUAGAAACAUCCCUCCUGGAGCUGAAGGCCAUGUGGUCGGCAACAGCACGAGCCGGAAAAUCCUGCGGCUGGUGGACAAGAUCGCCAAGUCCAAGUACUUCCAGAAGGCCACCGAGAAUGAAUUCAUCAAGAAGAAGAUCGAGGAAGUCUCCAACACGCCCCUGCUGCUCACCGUGGAGGUCCAGGAGCUGACGGGCACCUUGACGGUGAACAUCCCUCCACCCCCAACAGACCGGGUCUGGUACAGCUUUAAGAUCCCCCCACAGCUAGAUCUGAAGGUCCGCCCAAAGCUCGGAGAACGGGAAGUCACCUUCAUCCACGUGACCGAAUGGAUCGAGAAGAAACUGCAGCACGAGUUCCAGAAAAUUUUAGUGAUGCCAAAUAUGGAUGACCUCAUCUUACCUCUAAUGCAUUCUGGGUUGGAAUCCCCAAUGCCUGCGGAGGAACCCCCGAAGGACUGCCUGGGAGAAUGCGAGAAGAAAUGUUGAGGAGGGGCUUAGCCUGCCCGAAACCCUCGAUGGGGUUGGCUGAGAUAAUCCAGCAGCCAGAUAAUCGGGACCUGGGACGGCGCAUCAUCCUAGAGUCAGUCGUGAUGCUGGUCUUGGACUUAUCGAUCCAUUUCUUCCA